AUGGAUUUAAAAAGAAUCUCAUUUGAAAUAAAAAUUUGCAGGAGGAAGGAGCAAGAUCUUUUCGAUGCAAUGGGUUUAAUGCAUGCUGGUGUUACCUUCAUUGGGGUUGUAAAUGGUGCCUCAGUGCAGCCUAAAGUAGCAAUUGAGAGAACAGUCUUCUACAGGGAGGGAGGUGCAGAAUGUAUUCAGCUUACCAUAUGCUAUUUCACUAGUACUACUACAAUUCAAUUGGAAAAUAGUUAUCACCAUUUAUGCAGAGAAUACCCAUAUGGUGGAGAUGGUGCUACUGGAUUUGCCCUGUUGCAUGGACCUUGUAAGAAUUGGUGGCUUCCCAAUAUGGAGAUGACAUGCACAAACUUGAGAAUGGUGAAAGAGUUGAAGAAUUUAUAUUUAGGGAUUGAGAGGGAAAUUAAGGAAGAGAGUGAAAGUGAACGAUGGUGGCAUGCAUGGAUGCCUGAAAUGGCAGGAACCAGGAAAAGGAAGAAGAGUGAGAUAUGGAAGAAGAAAGCAUUAAAUUGGAAAUACGUAGCGUAG